UUGAAUACAUGAUCAAGUAACCAAAGUAAUAACAAACAAUUGUUUAGGUUAGAGAGACCGAAUUCAAAGUUUAAUGUUAUUUCUCUUCAAUUUUGUUUUCUAGUAAAUACGGUAUAAGUACUUAUUAAUUAAACAAGUGAUCUUUAAAUCAAUAAAUAAUUCUUGAUGUCGGGAUCACAGAAACCAUUUCCUAACAACUACGAUGACUAUACUGACAGUAAAAAUGUUGUAAGCUUAGUGGAUGAAAAGAUCAAACCUGACGUUUUGGAAAAUCAUAAGAACAAGAUCACUGCAUUAAUUGAUUUAAUAUUGCGCUCCGACAAAUUAAAAUCGUUAGGUGGUGAUGUUUCUGUGUAUACUGGAAAAGCUGGGAUAGCUCUGACUUUAUUCAUGGUACAUAAAAAAUUAGAAGUGGAGCAGUAUAAAGAGAAAUCUAUUGAACUAAUUGAUGAUUGCUUGAAUAAUGUGAGCCAUCGAAAAGAUACUUUUUUGAAUGGAGACGCGGGUGUGUAUGCAGUCGGAGCGCUUCUGUACAACGGAUUGAGACAAACCUACUCGAGGGAUCUGGUUGAUAAGCUCAUUUCAAAGCACGGAGCUGUUUGCAAAUCGAUCGAUAUUCCCGAUGAAAUGCUGUAUGGCAGAGCUGGCUAUUUGUACGCUUUACUGUUCAUCAAAAAGCAUACGGAUAUAGCCAUCGAUGAUACCGUUAUAAGAAAGGUUAUUACAGCAAUACUGGCCUCAGGACAAGAUCUAGCCGAGAAACGGGGAAGUGAGGUCCCAUUAGAGUAUGAAUGGCAUGGAAAAAACUAUUUGGGAGGUGCGCAUGGGAUUGCUGGCAUACUUUAUGUUCUCUUGUUGGCGAAAGAUCAUUUGACUGAAGACGAGUUGUUAAGCCUGGUGAAACCGACGUUGAAUUUUAUACUGUGCUUGCAAUAUGGGUCUGGCAAUUUUCCGUCAUCGAUUGGAAGCCGAAACAACGAUCGAUUAGUACAGUGGUGUCAUGGAGCUCCGGGGGUUGUACAACUCAUGAGCAAAGCAUACGAGGUUUUUGGAGACGAAAAGUACUUGCAGAGUGCUUUGAAGUGUGGCGAAGUUGUGUGGCAGAGAGGAUUGCUCUGGAAAGGAUACUCACUGUGCCACGGAGCGGCGGGCAACGGAUACACAUUCCUUCAGCUGUAUCAACUCACUCUCGACAAGAAGCACCUACAUAGAGCAGCAAAAUUUGGCGAUUGGUGUACGACAUGGCCUAAAAACCAAUUCUACCCACCUGACCGAGAGUAUUCACUGUUCGAAGGACUUGCUGGUAUUGCAUACUUUCUGGCAGAUUUGAGGACACCGGAUAUUGCUGCUUUUCCGGGUUACAGUCUAUAAGGUAGUUUAAGGAAAUCUUUUGUAAAUAAAUCGAAUAAAUUGAUGUUUUUGUGAAUAAAAUAUUAUUUAACAAGAAAAUGUACGGUACCUAAUUGAAGUGAUUAAGUUUUUUCAUGUUUCAGCUCUUUUGUUCAUGUUCUGCUUUUCAUAUUUUUGCUCUUGAGUUGAUAAACCUCGUAGGGGUAUUGUAAUCUACCUAUUUUAGAUUGGUGUGUAUGUGUGUAUCCUUUGGUGUUACCAAAUUAAGUUCUGAUUACUGUUUAUUGAUGAUUCUUGGUGACGUGAUGAAUGGAAAGGAAAUCUUUUGUAAAUAAAUCGAAUAGAUUGAUUGUUUGUGAAUAAAGUUUUAUUUGACCAGAAAAAUGCAAGGUAAUUGCAGCGAUUUAGGCUAGGCACACACCAGUUAGUCAAGACAAGACAUGAUCAGACACAAUACUUCACAUAUGAAGCAACACACACUGAUUAGUCAUUGCAAUUAGACAUGUCUUCAUAAGCAACUAUGUGAAGUAUUGUGACUAAACGUGUCUAAUCUUGUCUUGUCUUGUCUUGACUAACUGGUGUGUGCCUAGCCUAAGAUUUUUCAUGUUUCAGAUUAGAUAGUAAGAUUAAUUGUCAAGUAAGAAAUUGUCAAGCAUUACAAAUGAACACAAAUAAAUAAAACUAGGUUCUGUUGUAUUAUAAAAAAUAAACGUUUAAAAUUGAA